AUGAUUAAAGUUAUCUCUGCCCUACGCAAAGGAGCCUUUUUAAGAACGUACAAAGAGUUGAUCCCCCCAUGCUGUAGCAACACAAGUAGGAAUUCACUUUUGUGUAAAAGGAGUUUAAUAAACGGGACGAGCCCCUCAAGCAGAAGCUACACAACACUAUCGGAAGAAGCUGUGAAGGCUAUAACGAAUCUGAAGGAAGUUGUAAAAAAACCGGAUAAAAAAAAAAACAUUACGAGAGAGACUCUUAAAAAUUGCCAAGGUCAUAAAAGACGAUAUAAAUUAUUUGGAGACAGAGAAGAAUUUCACAACAUCGAUAGGGACAAAAAUAAUCUCAUUAUAGAACCUACGGAUUCGUUUCGAGCCGUAAUUACGACAUCCAAAAAUAAUGUCCACGUUCAGGUUGUUAACAAAAGUAAAAAUUACAAAACUGUGUUUGGAUCCUUUGCAGGAAACGUUGGCUUUACAAAGUCACUGCAACAAAGUGAAAGAUGCGCAUACAGAAUAGGAGAAAACAUCGCCAAGAAAUGUAGGAGGCUGGGCAUAUUCAGUAUCGACAUAAAAUUUAGAAGAAUCAUGAGAGUAGAGACUGUUUUGCAAGCUAUGUAUGCCAACAAUUUAAACAUUACACAAAUUAUUCACGAGCCUAGAUUGCCCAAGUGUGGAUUAAAUGCUUCCAAACCAAGGAAGAGAAGGCGUGUAUAA